UUGCAUCAACUGCAACUCGUUUAGUUCUGUGGAAAAUAUGAACAAGAGUAUGUAACACUGUAAUUUAUCAAAUGGCAAUGUUUUCAAAUCAAACAAAGUGCAGGAAAAAAACACUUAACGAACAUUCUGUUGAUGUAUUUUCGGCUCAUUCAGAAACUACAGAUGCACCUUCUUCAGACGCGACACCAUCAGUAGCAGAAACAACUACACAUGCACCAACAGAAAAAUCCUCAAAAGCAACACCAUCAGUAGCAGAAAAAACUACACAUGCACCUACUUCAGACGCGACACAAUCAGUAGCAGGAACAACUACAGAUGCACAUACUUCAGAAGCGACACCAUCAGUAGCAGAAAAAACUACCGAUGCACCUACUUCAGACGCGACCCCAUCAGUAGCAGAAACAUCUACAGCUGCAAAUACUUCAGAAGUGACACCAUCAGUAGUAGAAAAAACUUCCGAUGCACCUACCUCAGACGCAAAACCAUCAGUAGCAAAAACAACUACAGAUGCAACUACUUCACAAGAGCAACCAUCAGUAGCAGAAACAACUACAGAUCCACCGACUUCAGAAGUGACACCAUCAGUACUAGAAAAAACUACCGAUGCACCUACUUCAGACGCGACACCCACAGUAGCAAAAACAACUAAACAUGUACCAACAGACAAAUUCUCGGACGCGACACCAUUAGUAGCACCAACAACUACAGAUGCACCUACUUUAGGAGUGAAACCAUCAGUACGAGAAACAAUUACAGAUGUACCUACUUCAGAAUUGACACCAUCAGUAACGGAAACAAAUACAGACGCACCUACUUCAGAAGUGACACCAUCAGUAGCAGAAAAAACUUCCGAAGCACCUACUUCAGACGCGAAACCAUCCGUAGCAGAAACAACUACAGAUGUACCAACAGAAAAAUCAACAGAAGCAACACCAUCAGUAGUGGCAACAACUACAGAUGUACCUACUUCAGAAGUGACACCAUCGGUAGCAGAAACAACCACCGGUGUACCUGCUUCAGACGUCUCACCAUCAGUAGCAGAAACAACUACAGAUGCACCUACUUCAGGAGUGAAACCAUCAGUAGCACAAACAACUACAGAUGUAUCUACUUCAGGAGUGACACCAGUAGUAAAAACAACUACAGAUGCACCUACUUCAGAAGUAACACCAUCAGUAGUAGAAAAAACUUCCGAUGCACCUACUUUAGACCCGACACCAUCAGUUGAAAAAACAACUACAGAUGCACCAACAGACAUAACAACUAUCGAUGCACCUACUUCAGACGUAAUCCCAUCACUAGCACCAACAACUACCGAUGCACCUACUUCAGACACGACACCAUCAGGAGCAGAAACAACUACCGAUGCACCUACUUCAGAAGUGACACCAUCAUUAGUAGAAAAAACUACCGAUGCACCUACUUCAGACGUGACACCAUCAGUAGAAGAAACAACUACAGAUGCACCUACUUCAGACGCGACCCCAUCAGUAGCAGAAACAACUACCGAUGCACCUACUUCAGAAGUGACACCAUCAGUAGUAGAAAAAACUACCGCUGCACCUACUUCAGACGCCACACCAUCAGUAGCAGAAACAACUACCGAUGCACUUACUUCAGACGCAACCCCAUCAGUAGCAGAAACAAAUACCAAUGCACCUACUUCAGAAGCGACACCAUCAGUAGAAGAAACAACUUCAGAUGCACCUACUUCAGAAGUGACAUUAUCAAUUGCAGAAACAACUCAACAUGAACCAACAGAGAAAUCCUCAGAAGCAACACAAUCAGUAGUAGCAACUACUAGAGAUGAACCUACAGACAAAGUUUCAGAAGCAACACCAUCAGUAGCAGAAACAACUACAGAUGCACCUAUUUCAGACGCCACCCUAUCAGUAGCAGAAACAAAUACCAAUGCACCUACUUCAGAAGCGACACCAUCAGUAGAAGAAACAACUACAGAUACACUUACUCCAGAAGUGACAUCAUCAGUAACAGAAACAACUACACAUGAACCAACAGAGAAAUCCUCAGAAGCAACACCAUCAGUAGUAGCAACAACUACAGAUAAACCUACAGACAAAGUUUCAAAAGCAACACCAUCAGUAGCACAAACAACUACGAAUGCACCCACUUCAGGAUUGACACCAUCAGUAGCAGAAACAACUACACAUGCACCCACUUCAGAAGUGACACCAUCAGUAGCAGAAAAAACUACCGAUGCACCUACUUCAGAAGUGACACCAUCAGUAGUAGAAACAACUACCGAUGCACCUACUUUAGACGCGACACCAUCAGUAGCAGAAACAACAACAGAUGCACCUACUUCAGACGCGAUAACAUUAGUAGCAGAAACAACUACAGAUGCACCUACUUCAGGAGUGACACCAUCACUAGUAGAAACAACUACCGAUGCACCUACUUUAGACGCGACACUAUCAUUAGCAGAAACAACUACAGAUGCACCUACUUUACACGCGACACCAUUAGUAGCAGAAACAACUACAGAUGCACCUGCUUCAGAAACGACACCAUCAGUAGCAGAAACAACUACACAUGCACCAACAGACAAAUCCUCAGAAGCAACACCAUCAGUAGCACAAACAACUACAGAUGCACCUACUUCUGGAGUGAAACCAUCAGUAGUAGAUAAAACUUCCGAUGCAACUACUUCAGACGUGUCACCAUCAGUAGUAGAAACAACUACCGAUGCACCUACUUCAGACGCGACUCCAUCAGUAGCAGAAACAACUACAGAUGCACCUACUUCAGGAGUGACACCAUCAGUAGCAGAAACAACUACAGAUGCACCUACUUCAGGAGUGAUACCAUCAGUAGCAGAAACAACUACAGAUGCACCUACUUCAGAAGAGACACCAUCAGUAGCAGAAACAAAUACCGAUGCACCUACUUUAGAAGUGACACCAUCAGUAGAAGAAACAACUACAGAUGCACCUGCUUCAGAAGUGACAUCAUCAGUAGCAGAAACAACUACACAUGAACCAACAGAGAAAUCCUCAGAAGCAACACCAUCAGUAGUUACAACUACUACAGAUGAACCUACAGACAAAGUUUCAGAGGCAACUCCAUCAGUAGCAGAAACAACUACAGAUGCACCUAUUUUAACCACGGAUGCAAUAACAGAUAAAAUUUCAGAAGCGACGUCAUCAGUAGCAGAAACAACUACGGAUGCGCUCACAGACACAACUACAAGAUCGCCGCCAUCAUUAACAGUAACAACUCCAGACGCACUUUCAAACACAAAUACAAGAUCGACACCAACAGUAAUAGAAACAACUAGAGAUUCACCUAGAAACCGAACAAAAGGAGCAUCGUCGAGCAAAGGAUCAGUCAAGCUGGUAACAGUGCAAAUAAGUAACACGAGCAAGACAGACAUUGAUUUAGAAGAGAAGCUAUUUAUCGUUUUUGAAAUCAGGUUGUUGAAUUUGGCUUUUAACGAAUCUCUUGAUGACCCCAAGAGUCGCGAUUUCCAAGAACUAAAAGCAAAACUAGAGGCUGCUUUGACAGAUGUGUUUCACGAUAUGCCUGGCUUCUUGUUCGUCAAUGUCACAGGGUUUCGACAAGGUAGCGUGAUAACAAAGUUCUUGAUUGUUUUUAAUGAUACAUCUUAUAUGAACAGAAGCGAUAUAAUGGGGCACCUGGAUAGCUGUAACGGGACGGAACUAAUGCAAGGAAUAAAUGCACUACAGUCUAAGCCGACAAGCUUUGCAUGGGAUCCGGGUGGAACAGUACUCGAUCCUUGUGAGUUCGUGAUAUAG